UGAAAAUGAAUGUUUCGCAUUGUCGCAUUCGCUUCGCAAUUUUCUGAUUUUCUUCUUUUUCGUAAUUAUUUAUUACUUGACAUUGCGUUUGCGUGGUACUGUAUUAAUUUGUAUAAUGUAUCGCAAAUAAUUCUUCGUGUUAGUUAUUGUUAUUUUUUAUGAACUUUUAAUCUGGAAAAAUGUGUUCCGAUGGAACAACAGAUGAUCUCGCCGACGCUCUAGAUGAAACCAAUAGCCGAGAAGAUGACAAUUCUGUACCGUCCGAUGAGGAGAAAGUCGCCGAGGAAGAUGACGAGUAUGAUCCAGAAGACAGUAAGAAAAAGAAAAAAGGCAAAAAACGAAAAACCAAGACUGACGUGAGGAAGGAAAAAAGGCGCAAAAAGCGAAAACGUGCUGAUAGUGGAGAAGAAAGUGAUAACGCAUACGAUGCUGAAAACGGAGCAGAUUCGGAUUACGGUUCGCGUAAAUCCAGAAAAUCUAAAAGUAGUAAUUCCAAGGGUAAUUCAACUCCAACUUCAGCUUCUACAUCGACUGCAGCUGCUGCUGCUGCUGCCCCUGACACCGAUGCUACUGCUUCGGCAGAAGGCACUGCAAUGCCAUCAGUCGAAGAAGUUUGCGGUUCUUUUGGAUUGAACGAUGUUGAAAUACAGUACACAGAAGCCGAUUUUCAAAAUUUAACCACCUAUAAAUCGUUUUGCUCUCAUGUACGACCUAUUUUGGCCAAAGAAAAUCCAAAGGUACCAAUUGGAAAAAUGAUGAUGUUGAUAGCGGCCAAAUGGCGAGAUUUUUCCAGCCAAAAUCCGAAUGCCGAACGUGCUGAAUCUGACGUCAAUGAAGAACCAGAUUACACUCCGAAGCCGAGUCGAUCUCGUGCAGUAAAGACCCCAGUUUCUGAAGAAAUUCCAGACGAUGACGACGAUGACUUCGAGGAUAAAGUUAAAAAGAAACGAAGUAGUCGUAGCAGAAAAAGUUCAAGUGGCAAAAAGGGUUCCUCGGCAGCUUCCAAAGUUCCAACUCUCAAAAUCAAACUUGGUAAAAGAAGACAUGGCAGUUCUGAUGACGAAGGAGGCGGUAGCGGUGGCGGUGACGCUGCCAGCGAACGUGAUUCUGACGCUGAAUUCGAACAGAUGCUUCAAGAAGCCGAAGAAGUGAAUACCGAAAAAAAUGAAGGCGAUGCUGAUAACAGUGAAUCUCCAGCUCCUGUCAAACGCAAAGCUAAAACUAAAAUUGGAGGCAAGAAAAAGAAGAAGAAAACUAAAACAACGUCCAAAUUCCCCGAAGGCGACGGAGAUGGUUACGAAUUACAGACCGAUCACCAAGAUUAUUGCGAAGUUUGUCAACAAGGUGGUGAAAUCAUUUUGUGUGAUACUUGCCCCAGGGCUUACCAUUUAGUUUGUUUGGAUCCGGAGUUGGAAGAAGCACCGGAAGGUAAAUGGUCAUGCCCGCAUUGUGAAGGUGAAGGUGUACAAGAUAAAGACGACGAUGACGAACAUCAAGAAUUUUGCAGAGUGUGCAAAGAUGGUGGCGAACUUCUUUGUUGUGAUUCUUGUCCUUCGGCAUACCAUACGUUCUGCUUGAAUCCACCGUUGACUGUUAUUCCCGAUGGCGAUUGGAAAUGCCCGCGGUGCUCUGCCAAGCCGUUGCCAGGAAGAAUAGCUAGAAUAUUGACCUGGCGGUAUAAACCAGAUCCGGAUCAGCCUGAUGAUGCUUCGAAAAAAAAGAAUCCUCGUCACAGACAGAGAGAAUUAUUCGUUAAAUGGCACGACCAGUCGUAUUGGAAUUGCGAUUGGGUUUCCGAAGUUCAAAUGGAAGUUUUUCAUCCGAUUAUGAUUCGAACGUAUAUGCGAAAAUUCGACGUAGACGAGCCUCCAGUUGUUGAAGAAUCCUUUGAUGAUGUCGAGAAAUGUAUCAAGACAAUUAAAGAUGAAAACGGAGAAGAAAUACAACUCGCAGAGAAAUUUUACAAAUAUGGAGUCAAACCGGAGUGGUUACUGAUUCACCGUGUCCUCAAUCAUCGUAAAAUGAAAGAUGGUAGCACGCAAUACCUGGUGAAAUGGCGUGAGUUACCGUAUGACCAGGCUACCUGGGAAGAUGAAACUAGUAUAGUUCCUUCUUUCAAAAAAGCAGUUGAAUAUUAUUGGGAUUUACGAACGGCAUCCUUAGAUUCUGCUAAGAAAUCCAAGAAAGGAAAGAGCAAGAAGAAAACGAAGGAGGUUCCGGAGGUUCAAGAAGAAGAAACGGAACUAAAAUCAUCUGGAUUGUUCACCAAACGAUUUGUUGCUGCUCCUGAUAAACCUAUGACCGAUUUGAAAAAGAAAUACGAUAAACAGCCGGAUUUCAUCGCUGAAACCGGAAUGUUACUUCAUCCUUAUCAGUUGGAAGGAUUAAAUUGGCUAAGGUAUUCCUGGGGUCAAGGAAUAGAUACCAUCUUAGCUGAUGAGAUGGGUCUUGGUAAAACCAUUCAAACUAUAACGUUCCUGUAUUCUUUAUACAAAGAGGGUCAUUCUAAAGGCCCUUUUUUGGUUAGUGCUCCCUUAUCUACCAUUAUCAAUUGGGAAAGAGAAUUCGAAACUUGGGCUCCUGAUUUUUACGUCGUCACGUACAUCGGAGAUAAAGACUCGAGAGUUGUAAUUCGUGAAAAUGAAUUUUCUUUCGAAGAAGGCGCUAUACGAUCGAAUGCUGGUCGAGCUUCUAAAAUGAAGUCGUCUUCUAUUAAAUUUCAAGUAAUAUUGACCAGUUACGAAUUGAUAUGCAUCGAUGCCGCUUUAUUGGGUUCGAUUGAAUGGUCUGUAUUGGUCGUGGAUGAAGCGCAUAGAUUGAAAAGUAAUCAGUCCAAGUUUUUCAGAUUACUCGCUCAGUACAAUAUUGCCAAUAAAUUACUAUUGACUGGAACUCCUUUGCAAAAUAACCUCGAGGAGUUAUUCCACUUGUUAAAUUUCCUCACACCGGAGAAAUUCAACGACCUUUCGGCUUUCCAAAAUGAAUUCGCUGAUAUUUCUAAAGAAGAGCAAGUCAAACGUUUACACGAGAUGUUAGGUCCACAUAUGCUGCGUCGAAUGAAAGCUGAUGUGUUGAAGAGUAUGCCUUCAAAAUCCGAAUUUAUCGUUAGAGUGGAGCUUUCGCCUAUGCAAAAGAAAUACUACAAGUAUAUAUUGACUCGAAAUUUCGAAGCAUUGAAUCCUAAAGGAGGCGGUCAGCAAGUUUCAUUGCUGAAUAUUAUGAUGGAUUUGAAGAAAUGCUGUAAUCAUCCGUAUCUAUUUCCGGCCGCUGCGCAGGAAGCACCUUCUGCGCAAAAUGGAAGUUACGAAAUCCAAGCUUUGAUUAAAGCGGCCGGAAAAUUGAUUCUAUUAUCGAAAAUGCUGAAAAAACUGAACGGAACGGGGCACAGAGUACUGAUUUUCUCCCAAAUGACAAAAAUGUUGGAUAUUUUGGAAGAUUUUCUCGAAGGUGAAGGUUACAAAUAUGAAAGAAUUGACGGUUCUAUCACCGGCGCGCUGAGACAAGAAGCUAUCGAUAGAUUUAAUGCACCCGGAGCUCAACAAUUCGUAUUUUUACUUUCUACAAAAGCCGGAGGGUUAGGUAUUAAUUUAGCUACCGCUGAUACAGUCAUAAUCUAUGAUUCUGAUUGGAAUCCACACAACGAUAUACAGGCUUUCUCACGUGCUCACCGUAUUGGUCAAGCGAAUAAAGUGAUGAUCUAUCGAUUCGUAACUCGAAAUUCGGUAGAAGAAAGAGUAACGCAGGUGGCCAAACGAAAAAUGAUGUUGACUCAUUUGGUCGUACGCCCAGGAAUGGGAGGCAAACAGACGAAUUUCACGAAACAAGAAUUAGACGAUAUUUUGAGGUUUGGUACCGAAGAAUUGUUCAAAGAAGAAGAGGGUAAAGAAGACGAAGCCAUCCAUUAUGAUGAUAAAGCUGUCGAGGAAUUGCUGGACAGAUCGAGAAUGGGUCUUGAACAGAAAGAAAAUUGGUCCAACGAAUAUCUAUCUUCGUUCAAAGUUGCAAGUUACGUGACUAAAGAAGAAGAAGAAGAGGAAGAAGUAAGCACUGAAGUGAUUAAACAAGAAGCUGAAAAUACUGAUCCGGCGUAUUGGGUGAAAUUGCUACGUCAUCAUUACGAACAGCAACAAGAAGAUAUUUCUAGAACGCUUGGUAAAGGAAAACGUGUUCGAAAACAGGUUAAUUACAACGAUGGCGGAACUGUGGAUAGGGCAGAGGAUAUUACGUGGCAAGAAAAUGUAUCAGAUGAUAAUUCCGAUUUCUCUGCUCCUUCUGAUGACGACAGAGAAGACGACGAUUUCGACGAGAAAGAUGUUGGCGAAGUUCCUGGAAAACGUGGCAAACGUAAAGAAGAAAGAGAUAGACCUUUACCACCUCUGUUGGCUCGUGUCGGUGGAAAUAUCGAAGUGCUCGGAUUUAACGCUCGUCAACGUAAAGCUUUCCUUAAUGCUAUCAUGAGGUUUGGAAUGCCACCUCAAGAUUCCUUCAAAUCACAAUGGCUUGUUCGUGAUCUACGAGGUAAAUCGGAGAAAAAUUUCAAGGCUUAUGUCUCUUUAUUCAUGCGACAUCUCUGCGAACCGGGCGCUGAUAACGCAGAAACAUUCGCUGAUGGUGUUCCUCGAGAAGGACUCAGCCGUCAACAUGUUUUGACCCGGAUUGGUGUCAUGUCCCUGAUAAGAAAAAAAGUGCAAGAAUUCGAGCACAUUAACGGUUACUACAGUGUACCAGAAUUGAUUAGAAAACCAAUCGAACCGGUGAAAAAUGAAACGGCUGUGAAAGGUGAACCCGGUGUAAAAAGCGAACCAGGUGAUGAUGGUAAAAAAUUAUCUAUCACCGCGACCGAAAGUAGCACAACCAAAGAAAUCACCGAAGAAUCGAAAGAAACGAACGUACCAGCGAAUAGUGAUACCGAUAAGACUCCCGAUUCCAACGCCGCAUCUGCUACCAACGAAGCUGGAGAAAAGCCCAAAGAAAGCGACGAAAAAACCAAUAAAGAAGACGCUGCAGUUCCGAACUCAGAUGCUGAAAACGUAGCACAAGAGAAAGAUACGGAAAAGGAGAAAAAGAAAGAAGAAGAAAGCGAAGAAAAAGAUCCAGCUUCGAAGCCAGAAGAGACUGAAACAGCCUCUGCGCCUGUCAAACCGUCCGAAGAAAUCAAAGAACCGGUUAAAGAAGAAGAAAAACCACACGUGCCUACGAAAGAAGAGGAAGAAGCAGCUAAAGCCAAAAAAGAAGCCGAAGAAGCUAUGAAAAAAACGCACGAAAAAGUAAAAAUAGCUGCCGGUCUCGGUUCAGAAGAUGAGAAAACAAAUCGCAAGUUCAUGUUCAAUAUCGCAGAUGGAGGAUUCACCGAGUUACAUACAUUAUGGAUCAACGAAGAGAAAGCUGCGGUUCCUGGACGCGAAUACGAAAUUUGGCACAGACGUCAUGACUUUUGGCUUCUGGCUGGAAUCGUCGCGCAUGGUUACGGUCGAUGGCAAGAUAUUCAGAAUGAUCUGCGAUUCAAUAUCAUCAACGAACCGUUCAAAAUGGAUAUAGGCAAAGGAAACUUUUUGGAAAUCAAAAAUAAAUUCUUGGCUCGACGAUUCAAACUGUUGGAACAGGCGUUAGUGAUAGAAGAGCAGUUACGUAGAGCUGCUUAUUUGAAUUUGACUCAAGAUCCGAAUCAUCCGGCUAUGUCGUUAAAUGCACGCUUCGCCGAAGUUGAAUGUUUGGCCGAGUCCCAUCAGCAUCUUUCGAAAGAGAGUUUAGCUGGAAACAAACCAGCAAAUGCCGUAUUGCAUAAGGUCCUCAAUCAACUCGAAGAAUUGUUAUCGGAUAUGAAAUCCGAUGUGAGUCGACUACCUGCUACAUUGGCACGUAUACCACCGGUAGCUCAAAGGUUACAAAUGUCCGAACGUUCGAUUUUAUCCAGAUUAGCAGCUACUACAUCUUCAGCUACCGUUCCAUCCGGUGGAACUCAAACGAUUGGAAUUGCAAACCAGUUCCCCGGUGGUAUUGAAAAUAGUGGACAACUGGCAGGAGCUUUAGGCGGUACGAAUUUUGGAAGUUACAGACCUCAGUACUCCGUUCCUGGCCAGAAUUCAAGUUCUAGCAAAUAAGGUGAAUUUUUCACAUCACUUCAUUCAUUCCUAAUUGUUUUAUUAUUUACAUGUUGACGCAAUUCAGUUGUGUAUAGUGUAUUAAUGUUGUUCUAUUGUAAUUAUUAUUUUACCUCUUUAGGAAUUUUAUUUUUAAUUUCAAAAGACAAUUCAUUUUUUUAAAAGUAUGUGUUGUCUCAGAUCAUGUACCUACCUAUAGACAAUGUUCGGUAAUGCACAAAACAUUCUUCGUUAAAGAACAUUAGAGGCGUUUUAGUUUUAAAUUCUUGACGUCUUUUGGUUUAAGCUAAUCGUUCUGUCUUCUUGUCAUCGGGUAAAAAUCACGAUGGCAAGGUUCCCAUUUCAUGUUAUGUGUAAUUUUCCGCUCUGUUCUAUAGCUAUCUAUAUUCAAUAUUAUUACGUUUUUAUUGAUGAGUUUCUUGCCUAAGUGUUGUUUUAUUAUUAUAAAAACUUAUAUAAUUUCAUCACGGUAAUUAUAUAAUUUGAUUUGGAAAAAAAAUAAAUGAGUUUAUACGA